CGGCGGACUCCAUUUAGGACGGACCGGGGAAGAUGGCGGAGUCUAUGGACGCGGAGCCGGCCGCUGCCGAGCCCGCUGCCUUCAAGCGCCCGAGCCUCCCCCUGCCCUGCGCUCCCCGCGCCGACACCGGGGCGAGCCCGGACCCCCCUUCCUCCUCCUCCUGCCCUGACGCCACGCCGGGGCCGGCACCUAUCCCGCCGCCUUCCUCCUCCCGCCCGGCUGCCGCACCGGCACCAAUCCCUCCUUCCUCCUCCUCGGCAGCCGCCCCGGGGCCGCUCCCUCCGCCGCUCCGUCUCCCGCGUUACGAGGAGCCGCCGUGGGGGGGGCGGCCGCCGGCGGGCGCGGGGUACGCGCUGGAGGUGCUGAAGGGCGGCGUGGCACUGGGCUCGGUGCGGCUGGAGGGCGGCAGCUGGUUCCUGGUGGGGCGGCUGCCCGGCUGCGCCCUGGCCCUGGAGCACCCCUCGGUGUCGCGGCACCACGCCGUGCUGCAGUACCGCGCCGCGGGAGGCUCCCUCGGCGACGACGGCGACGGCUUCUACGUCUACGACUUGGGCAGCACCCACGGCACCUUCCUCAACAAGGCGCGGGUGCCGCCCCGCACCUACUGCCGGGUGCGAGUGGGACACGGGCUCCGCUUCGGCGGCAGCUCCCGGCUCUUCCUCCUGCAGGGACCUGAAGAGGACCAGGAAUCUGAGUCAGAGCUAACUGUAACACAACUGAAGGCACUGCGUAAGCAGCAGCAAGCAAAAUUAGAAAAGACAAUGUUGGGAGAGGACUCUGAUGAAGAAGAUGAAAAAGAGGAGAGGAGUAGUGAGAGAAGUCAGAACAGCGAGAUGAGCUGCUCGUGGGGAAUGGGGGAGGAUGCUGAGGAGGAUGAGGUUGAAGAAAACCCUAUUGCUAUUGAUUUUCAGGAUGUACAAGAUGCCUUCUAUAUGAAAGAUCCAAGGAAGGCCUUACAGGGCUUUUUUGACAGAGAAGGAGAAGAGUUAGAAUAUGAAUAUGAUGAUCGUGGGCAUAAUAGCUGGCUAUGCAGGAUCAAGUUGCCUGUGGAUGAUGCGUUAGGGAAACAGCUGGUGGCAGAGGUUCUCCAUUCAGGAAAGAAGAAGGAAGCAAUGAUACAGUGCGCACUGGAAGCUUGCAGGCUACUCGAUGCUCGGGGAGUACUGAGGCAAGAAGCAGUAUCUCGAAAAAGGAAGUCAAAGAACUGGGAAGAUGAGGAUUUUUAUGAUAGUGAUGAUGAUACCUUCCUUGACCGAACUGGUGCUGUAGAAAAGAAACGACUGAGCAGAAUGAAAAAAGCUGGUAAAAUAGAAGAAAAACCAGAGACUUAUGACUCCUUGGUCAGAAAGCUAAAUGAAGCUGAAAAUGAGCUUUCUGAGAUAACAGAGAAGCUGAAGGCCUCAGGGAAAGUUCAGUCCCAGCCCGCAGCUCAAGAUUCUUUAGAUGAAUUCAUGACUGAAAUAAAAUCAGGAUGCACAUUAGACAGCGUGGCACGAAAGAAGCUUCACUUGCGGUCAUUUGAGCUGAAGAAAGAGCAACAGAGACUGAAAGCAUUAAUAAAGCUUGUCAAGCCUACAGAACUGCCUGAGCUGAAGCCCCAGAGGGGGAAUCACUGUCUGGAAGCAGAGAGUAAAACUAAAAAGAUUACCUUGCCUCUUUUUGGUGCAAUGAAAGGAGGAAGCAAAUUCAAGCUGAAAACUGGAAGCCUGGGGAAGUUGCCUGUUAGGCGUCCAGACAUCCCUGAAAGCUUACUAAAAAUGAAAGAUGAUGGACCGGAGGAGGAGGAGGAGGAGGAAGAAGAGGAAGAAAUGGAGGAGGAGCAAGAAGUAGAUGCAAUAAAGAGCAGAGCAUCAAACCUUGAAGUGAAAGUGACAGAGGAAGAAACAGAAGAAGCAGCUAAUGCUACGGAUGGUCCUUCUUGCAAUAAAAAGAAUCUAGAAUCCUUUCAGGAUGGGGUUCAUAAUCUGCCUGAGCCAAAGAUACUAAGGAAUAAAUCUCAGAUGGGACCCUCACAAGAGAAAUCUCAAGCGUGUGAGACAGUACAUAAGGAAUCUGACGAGGCAUCUGAGAAAGUUAAGAAAAUCAAUAGUUCCAGCAAGGUCAAACAACCCUUUUUUUCCUCACAGUACCCAGAUGAUGACCCAGACUACUGCAUAUGGGUUCCUCCUGCAGGUCAAAGCGGUGAUGGCAAGACUCAUCUUAAUGAAAAAUAUGGCUACUGAGCUUCAAGCACCCAGAGUACAUCCAAGGUUUGACGGAUUGCUCUAUUUUGGACUCUGCGCAUUAAGUGAGGAAUGGAAGAGGUUAAUUUUGAGGGCAUCAGCAGCCACUCUAGCUGUUAGUGCUCCCUGUGUGUUCUCUGUCUUCCAGAUACUUUUUUUUUGAAAGUAAAAGCCCUCACAUUCUUCUGUCUCUCCCUCCGCUUUUAGCCUUGUUUUUAUUUGGCUUAAAAUCGUAGGCUCAUUUUUUCCCCUUUUGUAAAUAAAAAUAUACAAAAAUUAUUAAAAAAAUAAACCUCUGUAUACUUACAGGCUUGAUGAAAUUUAUUGAUGUUGUUUUUACACAAUUA